AGCCUGGAGGAAAUGAUUAUAGCCAAACCAGGGAAAACACCAAUUCAGCUGUUACAUGAGUAUGGCACAAAGACUAAUGUCACUCCUGUGUAUGAGUUUGAAAAAGCUGAGGGACAAGUGCAUCUGCCCGUCUUCACCUUUAAAGUUACCAUGGGUGAAAUAACUGGGACAGGAGAAGGUCCCAGCAAGAAAAUUGCAAAACAUAGAGCUGCAGAAGCUGCACUGAUCAUUUUAAAAGGCAGCUCUAAUUGUAUUUCUAUGCCAGACCACAUAAUCCCUGAAUCUUCCAAUCAAGCACAGAAUCAGACCAAUCCUAUAGGAUCAUUGCAGGAAAUGGCUAUUCGGAAGGGAUGGAGACUUCCUGAGUAUUCACUUGCACAGGAGAUGGGACCGCCGCAUAAGAGAGAGUUUACAAUGACUUGCAGGGUAGAAACAUUUGUAGAAACAGGGACGGGGACAUCUAAAAAAUUAGCAAAGCGAAAUGCUGCUGAGAAAUUACUUGUUAAAUUCCACAGUUUUUCUGGAGACAGUGUCAACAUUUCUUUAGGAAAUGAACAGAAUCAUAAUUUAGGAUGUACAUGGGAUACCCUUAGAAACUCUUCUGGAGAAAAAAUUACAAUUUUGAAGAGGAAUCCACUCAGUAUUCCUAAUACAGAUUAUGUCCAACUCCUUGGUGAAAUUGCAGACGAACAAGGUUUUAAUGCAACGUAUCUGGAUAUAGAGGAGCUGAGUGUAAAUGGACAGUACCAGUGUCUUGCAGAACUUUCAACUAAUCCAAUCACAGUUUGCCAUGGGACUGGAAUCUCCUGGGGCAACGCCCACAACGACGCUGCUCACAAUGCACUACAGUAUUUAAAGAUCAUGGCCGGAAGGAAAUGAGCUUCAAGCAAA